GGAUGAUGGGCGUUGGGGUGGUCAGCUUGCAGUUGCAUCCGAGGGAUAUCGGGUUGUUACUGAUUGGGUACUCGCAUGGUGCUGUGGUGUACUCAUUCAAGCAAGAUGCGGUCGUCAAGUACUUUGAGUAUGUCGUGCCUGCCGGAGCGCCGGGUGGGGAUGGGGUGGGAAUGGAGAAGGAGAGACGGCCGAGGGUGGUUAGGGCGGUGUGGCAUCCGACGGGCACGUUUGUGUUGACGGCACAUGAGGACGGGAGUUUGGUGUUUUGGGAUCCAAGGGAUGGGAGGAUGGUGGCUGCGAGGUCGGUUUACGAUACCCGGGUGAACGAGGUUACAGGGAAGAGAGCGGUCAAGCCGAGGCCCCUGGUGCCGUUUGGGAGGAUCGCAUGGUGCUGCAAGCAGAACCCGGAUGACACGGCGCUGCUGAUUGCCGGUGGGCAGGCGGUGGACGAGGAGCAGAUUGGGCUGACAUUCCUGGAGCUGGGGCGGACGCCGAUAUAUGCCACUUCGUCGUGGGAGAUGCUCACGAAUCACUUUGAAGGCAAACGCCGGCUGACGCUGCCGAUACCGCCCGGCGCCGUGGUGGCCGACUACUGUUUGAUUACGAGGUCGUCGCCAUUCUUUGACGGUGCGCAGGAUCCCAUUGCGGUCUUGGUCCUGCUCACGUCCGGCGAAGUCAUCACCAUGACUGUGCCGUCCGGGUACCCCAUCAGCCCGACAAACAUGUUGCAUCCGAGCAUGUCGUUUGUGCACCCGUUUGUGCAGAAGAUCGCCGUCAGCACGGUGCCCAGGGAGCGGUGGCUGACCAUGGUCGAGACGCGCAACCAGGGAGAGCCUAUCCUCAUGGGUGGCGCGCCAGCGGCGAAGAGGAGGAGAGUGGGCUGGGAUUAUCGCGACAUUAUCCAGGUUGCGCAUGCAGACGGCACGAUCCGGAUAUGGGACGUGGGCUACGACGACGACAUCGAGAACCCCAUGCAGAUACAAGUCGACGUUGCCAGGGCACUCGACCGCUUUGAAGAUGUCAGUGUCACGGCCAUCGGCAUGGCCGACGCGACCGGGGAGUUUGCGGCCGGCACGAGGACGGGAGAGGUGGUCAUCUACCGAUGGGGUUUGAACAAGAACUAUGGCCGAGAUGCCGCCAGGCCGCUGGAUCCGAACCCCGGCGGCGUGACGGACGUCUCGUCUCGAGGGGAGCCGUCGCUGAAGGAGGGGCUGCAGCCGUUGGUGCUGUACGAAAUGAUGCAAGGUCCUGUCAGCGUGGUGACCGUCUCGGACGUAGGGUUUGUGGCUGUCGGCUCAGAGGGCGGUUUCUUCAGCAUUCUUGACCUGCGCGGACCGAGUGUCAUUUUCCAGGGUCCUCUGCUGAACUUUGUCAAGGAGGAGAAGCGGUCGUCCUUUCUCAAGGGGAGUUCGAAGGCGCCUUCGACACGAGAGUACCCAACCGCCAUCGAGUUUGGCGUCUUGACCAUGGACGGAGACGGUUACUCGAGCAUUGGCUGCUUCGUGGGGACAAACCUGGGCCACGUGGCCUCGUUCAAGAUCCUUCCGUCCGGACAGACAUACUCUGCGCAGCUGGCCGGGGUGGCCAAGUGCGGCGGUGACAAGGUUGUGGCAAUUUGUCCGCUGAAUGUAGACAACGGGCAAGCCGCUGCUGCGACGGGUCCUGCAGUAGCAGGACUGAGGGAAGGCAAACAGGUAAACGGUAUUUUGGUGGUCGUCACACAAACCGAGAUCCGCGUCUUCAAACCUGCUACCGCAAAGGGCGCCUCCAGGUCCUUCGACGACCAACUCUGCGACGCAGCGCGCGUGACCGAGGUGCCCCGCCACGGCACCGCCCUCGUAGCCGUCUUCGGUGACCGCACCACGCGAGCCUACUCCCUGCCGGCGCUAAAAGAAAUUGGCCGCGCCGCGCUGCCCAUGCUCGACCCCAGCCGGACUAUAUCCGCCGUCAUCUCGCGCACCGGCGAGGUGUUUGGCUGGACGGGGCCGUCAGAGGUUGCGGUCCUGUCUGUCUGGGGAGAGGGCAACGGGAAGAAGAGCCUGCCGCCGUCGGAGGAUACCCUCAUCAACCCGCAGCUGACGCUCCCGGCGCGGCCGACGAUCAGCAACCUUCAGUGGAUCUCGGGGACGCAGUAUGUCAGUCCGACAGAUCUGGAUUUGCUGAUUGGUGGAGAGGGGAGGCCGCCGAGCAAGAGGAUGGUGGCGGCGGCGGCGGCAGAGAGGGGGAUGGCGGGUGCUGGUGGUGGUGGGACUGCGAGUGGGAGUGCGAGGGCUGGGACGAGCCAGGAGGGCUGGGGCGAGUAUAUCACCCGGCAGCUCAACGAGCGCACCGAGAGGCUCAACUUUGUGGAUGAUGCUAUGAGUCGGCUGCAGGAGACUAGCCAGUCGUGGGCUGAGGAUGUGAAUAAGUAUGUCAAGAAGCAGAAGAGGGAUAUGUUGUUGGGGAGUGUGAAGAAGUCGUUCCUCUGAGGGGCACGGUGGGACAGAGGGCGUUUGAGGGCGAGGCUGGUUUCAUGGGUUGGAUUGGGAUUGGACAUGGCGCUCAGGGGGUGGUUGGACGCAGUCUGCUGUUAUUCCUGUUUGUUGUGUUUCCGCCAGACAUCUUUCUAGACUUUCACGCGCCACAGCUUCAACGAUUCUGCUCAAGACGAUGAGAUGGAGCGUUACUCUAUCGCCUAGCAAAACGGUUCCGAUGACGAGCGUCUAUGGCUGGUUCAUACAAUAGCGGCGGUGAACAAAGCGCAGCGUGCGGAGGAGAUACCGAGUCCUAGUCUCUCCUUCGACCUGCAUCCGCGACAAUGCGAGGCUAAAAAGUUUUUCUAUCAACUGUUGAGCUGAUGAGCAUGUUCACCUGGGUGCAAGCCUUAAUCAUCGGCCGGGCUGCGUGGCGGGCCUUGCUGUAUUCUUCUAUGGCUGCCGAGGCCUCCGUCAAGAACAUUUCCUCUGUCG